UCUGCCACGGAGUUCUAUUUUUCUGAUAGAAAUUGAUAUUUGAUAAUGUAAUUUCAGAUAAAAGAAAAUAAAGGGUCUACUCAACAAAACUUAAAACUGUGCUCUGAAUCUCACGCCAAUGGCUUUGUUUAGAGCUCUUGUGCUCUUCUUCUUCUUCUUCUUCCUAACCAACGUUUCUCUGCUUCUCAACUUCACUAACGCUGAGGAUCCAUUUGCUUUCUACAACUUUGAGGUCACUUACCUCACUGCUUCUCCUCUUGGAGUUCCUCAACAGGUCAUUGCUAUAAACGGCAAGUUUCCAGGUCCAACCAUCAAUGUGACCACAAACAACAACGUUGUUGUCAAUGUCCGGAACAAGCUUGAUGAGAACCUCCUCCUUCACUGGUCUGGGGUUCAACAAAGAAGAAGUUCUUGGCAAGAUGGUGUUCUUGGCACAAACUGUCCAAUUCCUCCAAAGUGGAACUGGACUUACCAGUUUCAGGUUAAGGAUCAGAUUGGAAGCUUCUUCUACUUCCCUUCACUUAAUAUGCAGAGAGCAGCUGGUGGAUUUGGUGGAUUCAUUAUAAACAACCGACCCAUUAUUCCAAUUCCUUUUGACACCCCACAUGGGGACAUUGUCAUUAUGAUUGGCGAUUGGUACACUCGCAAUCACACGGAUUUGAGGAAGGACCUUGAUGCUGGAAAAGAUCUUGGGAUGCCUGAUGGUGUUCUCAUAAAUGGAAAGGGUCCUUAUAGAUAUAAUGAUACACUUGUUCCCGACGGCAUUGAUUUUGAGCAGUUUGAUGUCCAUCCUGGGAAAACUUACCGACUUCGUGUACAUAAUGUUGGAGUGUCAACAAGUCUGAAUUUCAGGAUCCAGAGCCAUAAUUUACUUCUAGCAGAGAGUGAGGGAUCGUAUACAGUGCAACAGAAUUACACUAGCUUAGAUAUUCAUGUUGGACAGUCGUAUUCUUUUCUGGUAACCAUGGAUCAGAACGCAAGUUCAGAUUACUAUAUCGUUGCAAGCGCCAGGUUUGUGAACGAAUCACGCUGGCAAAGAGUAACCGGAGUUGGUAUCUUACGCUAUACAAAUUCCAAGGGUAAGGCGCAUGGUCCUCUUCCACCACCUCCAGAUGAUGAAUUUGACAAGACUUUCUCAAUGAACCAAGCAAGAUCCAUCAGAUGGAAUGUAUCAGCAAGUGGUGCUCGUCCCAACCCACAAGGGUCUUUCCGAUAUGGUUCCAUCAAUGUGACCGAAAUUUAUGUACUAAGAAACAAGCCAAGAGAGAAAAUCAACGGGAAGAAUCGAGCAACACUCAGUGGCAUCUCUUUUGUCAAUCCUUCCACUCCAAUCAGGCUUGCUGACAAGUACAAAUUAAAAGGAGUAUACAAGCUUGAUUUCCCCACCAAUCCUAUAACUGGACCACCUCAGGCCAAGACAUCGGUGAUUAAUGGAACUUACAGGGGAUUUAUGGAGAUUAUACUGCAAAACAACGACACCAAGAUGCAUUCCUAUCACUUGGAUGGUUAUGCCUUUUUUGUUGUCGGGAUGGAUUAUGGUGAGUGGACUAAUAAUAGCAGGGGCACAUAUAACAAAUGGGAUGGAAUAGCUCGCACCACAGCACAGGUUUAUCCCGGAGCAUGGACAGCAAUUUUAGUCUCGCUCGACAAUGUCGGAGUUUGGAAUCUCAGAACAGAAAACCUCGACAACUGGUAUCUCGGUCAAGAAACAUACAUCAGAGUUGUCAAUCCAGAGGCUAACAACAAGACUGAGCUUCCCAUGCCAGACAAUGCCCUUUUCUGCGGCGCCCUUGGGAAACUGCAGAAGCCUCAAGAUAUUAGUGCCGGUGCAUCAAUCGGUAAGAAUACAGUGAAGCUGUUGUUCACUUGGCUGGUGUUUGUAUGCGCCUUGAUCCCCAUUUUCUAGUGGAAUCACAAUUCUGGCUUUAUUGGCUUGUUAGUGCUGAGGUUUCUGGCUUGAGUUCGUAGUUUUUUGUUUCUUUUUUUUGUAAGUCUUGUUUGUAUUAUUAUUAAUCUUGAAGUAAUUUUUGACUUGUAUUCUUUUCUAUUUGUAUUAGCAUCUUUUGAUGUCUGUUGUUCCAGGUGUAAUUGAUUGGGACUGGCAAUUCUUUUAAUGCCUAUAAUUUAUGUUAGUAAUUAAUGACACGUAAUCCAAAACUCAAUUCAAUGCAACAUGGCACAAGUGGUUUCCACUUUCCACAGAUAUUACUC